UAUCCCAACAUCAGGAGCCAUCAAAACCCAAACUCAGAAGCCAUUAAAACCUUGAAGAUUGCCAACAUCUGCAAAGCCAUCCACAGCACACUGAACACCAUUGGUCACCAACAGCUCUCAACAUUGUUCGGUCGUGGAAUACAGACAGUAGAAGAAGAAAUGGAAUUUAAUUUUAUAAUUGAUGGAGAGGAGGAGCCGGAUAUCAGUCAGGCAAAUGCUGGAGUAUCGCGCCGUUUCGACGUGUCCCAGCCUUUCCUCGACCGUAUGGCCACCCAACCUGCCGUGGAUAAUGACUCAGCGCAACAACAAAUUUUGGCUGCCCUUGCAAGAAUGGAGACUCGGCAAGAAGAAAUAAUAAAAAGGCUUUCCGCCGUAGAAAACGCCCUUGCCGAGAAGAUGCCCGAGCGUUGUGAAGUUCAAGCGCAGGGUCAACUGCUGCGUGAAUGUAAGGUGCUCUCUGCGAAAACCCACCGCAGUGUAAGCCGAAUCACCGGUGACUUGGUAAGUGAAGAGCAAACUUUACUGCAAAGUUUGCUACCAAUGUCAUCGGAGGGAACACUGCAUAAGGUGGAGGAGCACCUUCAAAACAAGGCACACGCUGACGCUAUGGUAAGUUACAGUUCUGCUCAACAACGAGUAUAGUUUUUUCUUUUAUCAAAUAUAUAUAUGUAUAUAUUUAUAUGUAUAA